AUGAUUUGGUUACUUUUUAAAAGCUGCAGUAGAAACAAAAGAAGUAAGACGAUAAAAUCUGAUGAAAAUUACAUGAAGGUAAAUAAUUCAAAAGAAAUUAUUAAAGAACUCCUACCCAGAUUGGACGUUUUUAACGAUUUGGAAGCAUGUAAUGACAACGUAUUUGUUACGGACAGACAUUUUGCAUAUUUUUCGAUACUUGAUCCUUACAAUGAAUUUAAAGAGUUAACUCCAGAAAUAACAGCUGUGGCUGACCAAGUGGUUAUUGAAAAUGACAAUGCCGAAACCAGCCAGAUUGGUAAUUUAGAAGCUAGAAUAGAAGAUUCUGUCGUUAUUAAUAGUAGAUUUAGUAGAGUUACGGAAAACCAUUUAAAGACGUUGCAAUGUCCAUUUACUUGGAAUUUUGAACCUGAAGUGUGGAAAAAAAACAUCGUUAAUCGAAUUGAAAAAAAAUAUGGCAAAUACAAUAUGAAUCUUUCCUCAGUCAGAUUUUCAUUUGAAAAGUACAUAAGCAAUCUUAUAACCAGUUGUGGACUAUUUAAAACAAAUAAAGUAGACAGAGCACACGAUAAACUAAUAAAUAUCUGGGAAUGGCUAGAUAAAUUAGACGAUAAAAAUGAACCGACUUAUUUGGCAAUUAGAGAUGGAUUGAAGCAUAUCGUUAUGUCUACAUUGUGUCAUAUAUUGUUCACUGUAAAUAGAGCGCAAUGUCAACAGUUGUUUGAAAUGAUAACAAGAUUUAACAGUUUGGAUUCGAAAUCAAGAGCUGCAGUUAAUGCUUUGCAUUCUGCAGUUUGUUUAGAAAUUGGUGGUAAAUCAUUACAUAAUGUGGUUCAGUAUGCAAAAACAGCAUGUGAGUUAGACCCAGACACAGUUCAGUGGAAUUAUUAUCUUUCAGUAGCCAUGACUGCUCAAAGACAAUAUCUGAAUACCAAUAUAUCGUGCCCUACUGAAGACGAGUUUGAUUCUAUACAGCAAGCAGUUCUCUUAUCAAAUGAACCAAAUCCAUAUUUUAACUUCCACAGAAUGCAUUUGAUGACGAAUAAAAUACUCUAUCAUUAUCAUCAUGAUAAUAAUAAAAGUAAAAGUAAUGAAAAUGAAAAUGCAUUGGAAAAAAUCAAAAAAGACUUUCUCAAUAUAAUAGAAUUAAUCAAGGACAUCAUAAGCAUGGAACCGGAAGAUCCUCAUUUAGUUGUUAAAUGUGCAAAAUCUCUAAUGACACUGCCAUAUUUAACCCAAGACGACAUUUUUCUCAUUAAACAAAUUAUAUCAAUAGCAGUAAAUAUGGCUUUUCAUGACUUUACUGUGAUUAGAGCGAUUCAGAAAAGCAUCGCAAUCUUCAGAGAGUUGGUCAAUACUUGUAUAGAAAUGAACGAAAAUAAAAGUCAUUUGAAAAAUACCAGUAUUGAAAAUCAUGUAAAAGACAAAGAUUAUGACUUAUUAGAAAAUGACUUAAUGCUUGUUAUGGAAAAAUACGGAAAUGGUAGUAAACCGGUACUAGAUUUAAUUAAUCUAUUCGAAAAAUAUGACGGAAUUUGUAGAUGGCAAAUAAUGGCACAAAUUUGUUCUUACUCAAUACUUUUCAAAGAAUCUUCAAAUCUUCUAGCCGGUGUGGAACAAUUCAUGAUGUUAAUGAAUGAAAAAAGCAUUGCUAAUAGCGAUAUUAUUACGAAACAUAGGUCAAUAUUUAUAAAGGAUCAGUCCAAGGUAUUCAACCUUGCCGAAUUAGUGUGUAAUGAAAUCAAAUUGGCCAUUACUCUGGGUCGCACCGAGAAUCAAGAUCAAACUGAAUUCUAUUUAGAUCAAUUAACUAAAAUUAUGGAUGUCUGUCAACUCAAACCAAAAAAAGUCAACCCCAGUUUUAAAUUUGAAAUAAUUGGAUGUAACGAAAAAGAAAAUCAUAAUAAUGUUUCCAAACAGAGCGACGCAGUUAACCAACAAAAUGACUUGCAGGACACUAAACAAAUUGUUUUGAAAAAGUCUACUAAGCAACGUCGGUUAAAAUACACUUCAAACAACCAUCAUGCACGAGUACCUAAAUCUAAACCGCGAAGGAGGCAUCAUCUUUAUGACUAA